AUGGAAUCCUGCCUCGUCAAGCGAAACAUUUGUCAAUCAAUCGUCAUGGGAUACCAUCUUGACGAUGUUCCAAACCAGCAAAAUGCCGCGAGCAAUGCAGAAACAAUCAAUUCUUCAAGCGAUUCAAAAACAAUUGGGGUUGAUGAAGAAUUCUUUGGAAAAAAACUGAGCUACAUGUUGAGAACUUGCACUAACUUGACCAAGUUGGAAAUACGCUUUGAACCGACUUCCCUCGACGAGUUUGGGAACUUUAUCAUCGAUCCUUUGCGCCCAAUGACAAUGAUCGCGCCCUCGAUAAUAUCUCAACUUUCCAAUUUAACUCACAUCAAGAUAGACAACAGAGAUCUUUACACGAGACGCUUCACCGAAGAAUCCCUGGUCAAGUUAAUUGAAAAAAUGGUGCAUCUGGUCCACAUUCGCGUGGAUUACAUCGAGGCCUCUUUUCCAACUUGCGAUUUUUGCAAGUGUCCACAAUCCAUUCAACCCACUGUAUCGCCACUUGGUGCUCAUUUGGCUUCACUCCCAUCGCUCAAAGUCAUCUUAUUGUCUCUUGCCGAUUGCUUUAAUUCGGGCUGGAGCAAACUCCAUUGGAAAGGGUCGCUUGAAGAAUUAACACUGCACCGUUACUCUGAGGUUUCUUUACGCGCCUUGCAUGCCUUUUUCAGCCUCCUAGAGAAUAGCCUCGUUAAGCUUUCCCUUUACUUUGGCCCGAUGAUCCGAUCUGCACUGCCGUCCCUCUUGCGCCUGCGACGUACCCGAAUCAGCGCAAAAAUUACUAUUUCGUCUGCCAAAGCUGCAGAAGCUAUCUAUAUGCAACUGUUUUUCGGCCGAAUUUCUCAAAUUAUUCCGAGAUUGUGUGAAGACAUGGAAAUUGUUGAUCCUGAUGCCGCGCCGGAGGAAAUUUUAGAUUUAAUAGCUCAUGGUGCCAAAGCCGGCGUCAAGGUGGAAUACGGCUUUGUGGCGAAGGCAGAGGCUGGAUGUUGGUUAAAUGACGGGGAAGACGAAUGGAGGUUUGAAGAGGAGAUAAGGGAAAGGGAAAAACGCUUAUGGAACACUGCAUUAUGA